AAUAUUACAGAACGGUACGGCCAUCUGCAGAGAGGACACAUUUCGUAAAACAAUCAAAAAGAGUAUGGCUGACAAAGUGGCAUUAGUGACAGGGUCCAACCAGGGAAUCGGAUUCGCAAUCGUAGAAGAAUUACUAAAAAGAGGAGUAAAACAUGUCUAUGUGACAUCUAGGAACGAACAGAGAGGUAUAGAUGCAGUCAACAAGCUUAAAGAAAAAGGUCUGAACCCUCUAUUUCAUCAGCUAGAAGUCACUGAUGCAGACAGUGUCAAAAAAUGCGCUGCUGACUUGAAAGCAAAACACGGUGCCUUGGAUAUACUUAUCAAUAACGCUGGUGUUAUUGUUGAAGAUUGGGAGAAAACUACAUAUGAGGACGCGCUUCGAGUUAUAACAACUAAUUACUACUCUAUUCUGAAAAUCCAGGAGCAUUUCUUUCCGAUUCUGAAUCAAAACGCAAGAGUGAUAAAUAUUUCUAGUGACUGUGGACAUAUUUCUAACCUCAAGAACAAAGAAUGGAUAGCAAGAUUGACUAAGAAGGAUCUAAAGAGAGAUGACGUCGAUUCAUUUGUUACUUGGUUUUUAGAGUCAGUCAAAAAAGGUUCUUUGAAGAAUGAAGACUUUGUACAAACUCAGAUGCUCGCUUACAGGAUCUCUAAGGUGGCGUUGUGUGCGUUGUCUAUUGUACAACAAAACGAGGUUGACAGGAACAUCUCUGUAAACUCUUUACACCCUGGAGUCGUGCAAACAUCGAUGACGAAUGGCAGUGGUCUGCUUACAAUGGAGGAAUCCAGCAAGGCCCCGACAUAUUUGGCCUUGGAUGUGGACCAGUCGGUGAAGGGACAGUACUUUUGGUAUGAUAAAGAAGUGAUAGAUUGGCGGAAUCCGGAACUUCCACUUUAUUGUGAUUAUAAUGUGCUAAAGAAGUAUUUGUAAUUCAUAUUAUAACACUUUUUCUAUAAAAUGUACGAAAGAUUUAUAGUUAAAUAUGAGUAAAAAUGUUUAUAUUA